GUUUAUCCCAUUUCACAUGGAUUUCGGUUCAAUAUUACCUAUCACCAGCGUGGUGCGAAUCGUUGGUGCAGGGUUGGGUGACGAGGGUUAUAAAAAAACACCAUUACAUAUCCAUGUUGUUAUUUAGGCACUACAUAUGUCACUAUUUUCCUAGCCUUUCUAGUUCCUCUCAAAUGCUAGUGGUUGGGUUUCUUUCUCUUCAUUUUGGUUGGCCACCACCACUAAAUUUCUAGGAUUACCUUUUCACCCCUCCCUCUGUAACGCUAGUGGUCUCUUUCUUUCUUCAUUACAUGUUUAGCAGCUAAAACAAACAAACAAAACAAAGACCACUAAAACCAAAGACCCUCACUUUUUAGUAUGGGGAGAGAUGGACAACCAAACUAACCAAGAAACCCCACCUCACCUCCCUACCACCACCACAAUCAAGGAUGAUUCUCCCCGGAAAGCACCCGGUGGCGGUGGCGGUACUGGUGAUAGAUUAAGGAGAGAUGAGUGGAGCGAAGGGGCGGUUUCGACCUUACUUGAGGCCUACGAAAGCAAAUGGGUGCUCCGAAACCGAGCCAAGCUGAAGGGGCACGAUUGGGAAGAUGUUGCAAGGUACGUGUCGUCACGUGCCAGCUGUUCCAAAUCCCCCAAGACACAAACGCAGUGCAAGAACAAGAUCGAGAGUAUGAAGAAACGGUACAGAACGGAAUCCGCCACCGCGGACGGUUCGUCGUGGCCGUUAUAUCCGCGGCUUGAUUUUUUACUGCGAGGAAGUGCUCCGCCUCCGGCAGCAGCAGCAGCACCACCACCACCGCGUAUUGUUUCGGUUUCUAAUAGCAUCAACUCUCCUCCUCCUCCCCCUUUGAUGCUGUUGGAGCCGUCUCCGAUUUCAAAACCACCACCGCCACCGGUGCCGCCGCCUCCGGUUUCUUCUCUACCGACUACUGCACAAAAUUCACAUGGAUCGAAUGGUGUAGAAAGAGGGGCCAAGCAAGAUGGAGAGGGAGCAAAAUUAUCAGACAGAAGCACUGCAAUGGAAUUAACUGAUAGUAGCACACCAGCAGCAGUAUACAGUGACAAGGAAAAGCAAAGGUGUAAGAAAAUGAAGAUGAAGCAGCAGAGAUCAUCAUCAUCAAGAAGAGAAGGAGAAGUGAAGAUAGCAGAAAGCAUAAGAUGGUUAGCACAUGCAGUGGCAAGGUCAGAGCAGGCAAGAAUGGAGACACUGAGAGAGAUUGAGAAAAUGAGAAUUGAAGCUGAGGCUAAGAGAUGGGAAUUGGAGCUUAAGAGGACUGAAAUCAUUGCCAACACUCAGCUUGAGAUUGCUAAAAUCCUUGCUACUAUUAAUAAAGGGGUCGGUAAGGAUUGGAAGAAGGUGAGGGUUAAGUAAUUGCUUCAACUGGAUCAAUAAUAUAAUCCAGCUAUGUGUUAUACAUUGAGGGUAACUUAAUUGAUUGUGACAGGCUAUGUUAGUAGAAGAGUUUGUGGGGAAAACAAUAAUAUUUCCCUGCCUUCAUUAUGAUUAAUAUCUUUUAUUAAAAAAUACUCCAUUAUUUGA